GCGGCAGCUCUGACCAAAACCAGGAUGUGGAUGGAAACGAAAUUUGGACUUCACAGAAUCUAUUUACUCAUUAUUUGAGUCUUUUUUUAAUUGACAGCAGUGAAGAGAACUUAGUUGAGAAAUCAUCCUGGAGGAAGAGGUGCAGCCUUGAAGUCAAUCUGGAGGUAGAGAAACGUGGAUGAAAUGGACUAAAAACCUCAUCGGAUUACAUAAGAAUUAGACCACAGCAUUACUCAAGGAGUACCUGGAAGCCUGGAAAACUUUCUACGCCCUUUUUGCUGAACGAAAUAACAAGAAAAACUCCCAGAGGAACCAGGAAGUGGUAAACAAUGUCGAUGAUGUUUCUGAUCCUGUCCCUGCUGAUUAUGUGUGCGCCACCAGGGGGCGACGCAUCUCCAAUCAGCUGCUACAACGACCAAGGUGAUGCCGUUGACUGGUUUUACUUGUACAAACUCCCUAAAGAAGGGGGUAGAACACACGAGUUUAAGGGAGAUACGUAUUUAUUGCUGGACAAAGGGAGUGAAGGAUGGAUGGAGGGGAAGGUGACGGUGAAUGACACCAAUGGAGCUUUGGGCCAGACAGUCGGACAGCUGUACUCACAGGAAAAGAAUUCCGAGGUAGCGUACAUCUUGUACAACGACCAGCCGCCUACUGAGGAGUUUGGUGGCAGAUGGGCUGAAGGCAGCGGGAGCAGCAGAGGUCACACGAAAGGUGUCGUUCUGCUGGAUAAAAAUCAGGGGUUUUGGUUGGUGCACAGCACCCCUCACUUCCCCCCUAAGCGACAGGAAGGGCAGUUUUACUAUCCCAGCAGCGGAGUGAACAACGGGCAGAACUUCAUCUGUGUCACCUACCCGCUAGAACGUUUCCAGACUAUCGGAGAGCAGCUGCAGAUCAAUCAGCCUGAUGUGUAUGACUGUGACGUCCCGGAGUCCCUGGCGUCCUCCGUCCCCGCUCUGGCUGCUGUCUGCAACAAAAACCUUCUGUCCUCUCAGACGUUUCCACAUGUGAAAACUGUGUCCAACCGCAGCGUGACUCUGACCUCAGCAGGCGGCACCGACUUCAUCAACUUCGCCAAAGGAGCAAAGUUUGAUGACGACCUCUACCACUCGUGGGUGGCGCCCACCCUCAAAUCAGACCUCCUGGUUCAGUUCUGGGUGCGCUCCACUGGGAUCCUCCCCUCCGACUGCUCGCUGGGCUGGAAGGUCCUGGACAUCAAGAGCAUCAACCCGGGGCAGACGUUCACCUUCAAGACCACGGAGGACCACUCCAAGUGGGCCGUCAGCCUAAGGGCAGCGCAGGACGGGUCGCGAGGUGGCGGCUGGGUGUGCGUGGGGGACAUAAACAGGAAUGAGGCGGAGGAACAGCGUGGAGGAGGCACCGUGUGUCUUCAGGACCCGACGGUGUGGAAGGCUUACCGGACGGCGGCGCUGGAGUGCGAGGCCUGUGGAGGAGGAACGAUCCAGUGCUGAAGAGUCCGCUGAGCCACACGAUAACACUGGGCUCGGGGGCUUAUGGGAAAUAUUUCAACUCGCUUGGUAUGCUGGAAGUCAGUUUUAAAACGCAACAAAGCAAAGUCCAGUUUGGGCUGGUGCUGUCAGUUGAUUAAACAAUGUAAUCAGAUUAAUCACACUCUGACACAGUGAUUAAUCACUGUGCCUAACUUCAGUCUACCAGUUAAAAUGCAAAUAUCUAAAUAAACUAAUCAACUAUUUGUGGGGGCAGGGGGGCUUGUAGCAGAAAGCAGGUAAUGUAGUCUCCCAGUGCUUAACACCAUCUAAGGGAACUUACUCCACUACACAUGAAUAUAAGAAGUAGUAAACAUUUUCAGGGGUCAGCUGAUAACAGAUAUGUUUUAUUUCCUAGUUCUUGGGUGCUUCAACCUUUCUGAUGCCGCCCUGGACAACUGCCCAUAUCAAAAACCGUCAAAAAAAAAGUUUCAUCGUCUCAAACCAAAUCUUUACGCCUGAAGAUUCUCAGUUUUCCAGGUUUUUAUCUUCAGGACGAUUUGAAGGAAGACAUUUUGUUUUAAACAUUAGUUUUAAACAUUCUAUUAGUGAAUGUCAUUUGAAAGUCUAAUGUAAUUAUUCCAACUGCAAUUUUUUUAAAAAUUAGGUAAUUUUGUGUAUUAUGUGGUGCCGUAACAUUUCGGGAUUAUUUUUUUUAAGGGUUUUAAAGGAGUAAAAGUUUACACUGGUUUAACUGUAAGCUGUUGAAAUUAUGUCUGUACACUGUAAGAGAAAAUCCUCCUUAGUAGCUUAUAUUCCCCGUAGCCUCUUAAAAUUCAAGCAUCAUUCCUAAUAACCAACAGUUAUUUAUAAAAAUGCGUAGUUUUUUAAAUACUUCAAUGCGGUGAAUACAUGUGAGUUCAAGGAGUUUGCAUGUUUUUUCUCCUUUAUUUUACUAUUCCAGUAAUCAACAGGUGGCAGUAACGACCUGCAAAGAGCCACAAAGAUGCAGCAGGAUGUUGCACAUCAUGCAUGCAGACUUCAAGAUGUAUCUUUCAGUUUUUAUUUUCAAAAAAGUGCAAAUAACUGAACUGAUCCUAAAAAAUGCAGCUCAGAUGAACAUCAUUAGUUCCAAACAGCAGUUCAACUUAACUGCAAAUUGCUUGUUUUUAAAGCAAAUUACAUUUAUAACGAGUAAACAGCAAACAGACACAGAGUGUGAGUCUCAAGAAAACUGAAAAUAGCUCUUCACUUGCGAAAGAGACACAUUCAGUUUAUGCUUUCUUGGCAAAAACAUUUCAAAUGCUCAGUAUGAUUUAAUUUUUUUUAUGCAAAUGGAGCAGUGCAGUAGGAGAACGAGUUCAAAAAUCUGACGGCAAGCUGGAGAGGUUAGGAGAAAACAGAACAAAACCCGUAAAAGUGUCUCUUUAAGAAUAAUAAAAGCUGAAGUGUUUUUCACAGCUGUUGAAACUGAAGAGACUCUCCUGCAAAUGGAUGAGAGCAGAUUCUGUAAGGAGGUUUUUUCACUCAUGCAUGCAGGUGUUCUCUCGAGGACUGACAUGCUCCGCUUCUUGAAAAGCACGUGGAUUCUUUCUUUUAUUAUUAUUUUUAGGAUUCUGGAAAGAAAUCAGGGCAGAAAAGAUUCAGGUUUGAUGAUUUUCUUUUACAUCUCUGUGAAUGUUUGUUAUAAAGUCAAAUAAUCUGUGAAGUGGUUUUUCUCUGCCUUCAGUCUGACCUUGAUCUUUCCUGUAGAUAAAGAUGCUGGCUGUCUUUAAUUUGAAUAAAAAAAAGCUUCUGCGUA